UUAUAUUGACAUCAUCAUUUUUACCGUUUUUAAGGCCAACGAAAAAUUCGUCAUUCCAGAUAAGACGCUAGACUUGCGAAAAGCAAAAGAAUUAAAGUGAUUAAUAACAAAUGUCAUUGAUAAAAAUGUUCUUUAUUUUUAUUUAUUUUCAGACUUAUCACGAAACCGAUUUUGUGAAUUACCUGAGGACAUUACGUCAUUCGCAUUUCUAGAGAGAUUGCUACUUUAUCACAAUGCAAUUCGCUCAAUACCAGAGUCAGUUCGGGGACUUCAUUCACUCACAUAUUUAGACUUAAGGAGUAAUCAACUUAGUGUACUCCCGCGUGAAAUCUGUUACCUUCCACUCCAAAUUUUUCUCAUUUCAAAUAAUCGUCUGUCAACGCUGCCCGAUGAACUCGGUCACAUGAAAGAUCUGACUGAACUGGAUGCAGGCUGUAAUCAACUUACACAUCUCCCGGCCCGUCUUAGUGAAUUAACAAAUCUUAGAGCACUUAGUUUAAGGAAUAAUCAACUUAUGUAUCUUCCAAGGGAUCUGACAAAUCUCACAUUAUUUUCACUCGACAUAAGUUGUAAUAAGAUUGCAUCACUACCAAUUGAAUUGCGUCUUAUGACUUCACUUAUAGAUCUUACUCUUUCCGAUAAUCCACUUACAAGUCCGCCAGCUCACAUAUGUGUUCGUGGCAUGAUUCAUGUUUUCAAAUACCUUGAGAAUGCGGCAGCAAGGGAAGGACGUGUCGAGGGAACGAAUUCAUUACGUCGAUCAUUACCAAAACAACAUUCUACACCAGUAUUGAAUGAGAAUCUUCAUACGAAAGUCAAAAGAAAUACAGUUGAUUCUGGUUAUAGUACAAGUGAUGGUGGUCUAGAUUCAAAGUGGGCACAAGAGCCCAUUCCAAAAUGGCAUUUACCAUCAACACCAUUACAUGUAAGGACAGAAUUAAGUAAAAGUGAUACCUCAACUCCCGCUGGCAUAUCACCAAGUGGAUUCUAUGAAAAUCCACUUGAUGAUGAUCUGCUUAAGAAGCAACUCGAGAAGAGGAACAUGACACAUUCAAAUCCUACACUAACAAAUGGAUUUGUUGUAACAAAUGAGAAUUCACCGGAAGCAAACACACCUGAUAGUCAAAAAUCUGAUGAUAAGCUUAAAGCUUAUGGUAACAUACAAACAUAUCGUGAAUAUAAAGAAGCUUUACGACAACAACGUAGUCAAGAAUCAUCGUCAGUUUAUAAAACCAAAGAAGCAACAACACCCGAUGGAAGUACGGAGCCGAAUUUCAAGACUCAGUCAUCGUACAAUAAUAGCAACCAAAACUCUCCUAUAUCACCUUAUCGCAAUGUUAACAUUUCUCCUUUAAAUGGAUUCCAACAACAACAACAGCAAGAAGAAAGUAAAGGUCGACCUGUACAAAAAGUCACACCGUCACGGAGUAUAAGUGCACCAUCGACUUAUCAGAAUGGUAAUCAUGCGAAUGGAAAAGAUGUCAACGAUGGCUAUAUGAAACCCAGCAGUCCUUUAAAAACGUCCGGAAUCCUUCAACAUAAUAGUGUACCAAAUAAUAUUAAUAACAAUAAUAGCAAUAAUAAUGUUAAAGGAGCUUUAACAAACGGCCAUAAACCCUUGUCAGGCACAACUGUGGGAUAUGUCAAUAAUAAGAGUGGGCAGAAAACGAAUAAAACUGUUUCAUGGAAUCGUGAUGUAUCCACAGAGAAAUUAACAUUCACCAUGCGUCGAGAAUUUGACAAGCAUAAGGAGGAGGAAGAAUUAAUAAAGCAAUUGAGAAGUAUUUUGGAAGCGAAAUUAAAAAUGUCCUUACCUGAUGAUCUCGCACCAGCAUUGUCUGACGGUGUUGUUUUAUGUCAUCUCGCCAAUCACAUUAGGCCUCGAUCUGUUGGAAGCAUACAUGUACCAUCGCCAGCAGUACCAAAAUUGACGAUGGCACGAUGCAGACGAAAUGUCGAUAACUUUCUAGAGGCAUGCAGAAAAAUUGGAGUUGAUGAGGAGUGUCUUUGCUCCUGUGGAGAUAUUGUGCCAUCCAUCAAUGAUAAUGAUGAUACAUCCGACAUACGUCGUCCACCGAAUCCAGGAGCCUUAUAUCGUACAAUAAGUGAAUUAUUGAUACAACAUCAAAAGAAUCUGGAUGAAGCGGCGGCGUCAACGGCAUUGAUGAAACAAGGACAAGUGGAUGCAACCAACACCAAUUCAACAAACGAUGAUCACGAUGAUGGUUUUGUUGAUGAUUCAAUGCCACUAAUUCGAGGCAUUCGACGAACACCCGCCUCGCUUGAUUUUAAUCGUAAGCGGAAAUACGCGAGUGUAAAAUUUCAACUGCCUGAGACGCAUCAAGAGAAUGAUACUAGUAAUGAUGAACACAAUGGUGCUCUUACUGAAAUUAUUGAGGAAUGUGAAUAUGAUUCUGACAUUGGAAAAUUUAAAUGUAAAGAUGAUGAUGCUAUUGAGCAAGAUGAGUCUGAGAAUAGUAGUACAUCAUCUAUGGUCGAUAAUUAUUUGCAAGUUGAACACUUGAAUAACUUGAAUUCACCGCCGAAAUAUGUAAAUAAUAAAAGUGGAUUGGAUAUGAAUAAUAUUGUCGAUGAAUCCAAUGAUAAUGAGCCUCAUUAUAAAAUUGUUAUGAAACGAAUUGAAUUUUUCGAAUCGAAUGGAAUGAAGCAUAGCGAAAAUGAGAAGAUCACAAAUAUUGUUAAUGAUAUUAAAGAAAUUCGAGUGCCGACACGAGAAGAACAUUUUUUAUCAAUGAUCCUGCUUAUCAUAUUUAUUCUCACUGUAACGCUUUUAAUAAUUUUCCCGCUGCCAAAUUAUUAA